ACAGAGACAGAGGGAGAGAGGAAGAGAGAGAAUGGACAAGAAAGAGAGGGCGAAGGAGCGAAGAGAGAAGAGACGCCAUGAGAUCUUGCUUUUCCGUAGCAUUCCUUAUUCCGAUCACCAAAAAUGGUGGUCCACAGACACCAUUGCUGUGGUAACAGGAGCAAAUAGAGGCAUCGGAUUUGAGAUUGCCCACCAACUUGCAAUACAUGGGUUGACAGUUAUUCUGACAUCAAGAGAGACAGCUGUUGGUGAAGAAGCUGCAAGGGUCUUACAAGAAGGAGGUUUGAAUGUGGUGGUCCAUCAACUGGAUGUUGUUGAUCCUUCAUCUAUAAAAGUAUUUAUUGAGUGGGUACAACAAAAUUAUGGUGGUAUAGAUAUUCUGGUGAACAAUGCAGGGGUUAAUUUCAAUGUUGGAACAGAAAAUUCUGUUGAAGCUGCUGAAAAAGUUAUUGAAACCAACUACUUUGGCACCAAAAAUAUGAUUAAAGCUGUGAUUCCGUUAAUGAGGCCUUCUGCUUCAGGUGCUCGUAUCAUUAGCGUGAGCUCAAGAUUGGGAAGACUUAAUGGCAAGCACAAUAGAAUUGGAGAUGACACUUUGAGACAACAACUGGAAGACGUGAACUCACUGACAGAGGAACUGAUUGAUAGGACUAUGACCAAAUUUUUAGAACAGGUGAAAGAUGGCAGUUGGACAACAGGUGGAUGGUCUCAAGUAAACACUGACUACUCGGUGUCAAAACUUGCUGUGAAUGCAUACACAAGGUUUAUGGCAAAGACACUUUCAGAUCGCCCAGAGGGUCAGAAGAUAUUUAUCAAUUGCUACUGCCCGGGUUGGGUGAAGACUGCAUUGACUGGUUGGUCUGGGCAUAAUUCACCGGAGGAAGGGGCUGACACUGCAGUGUGGCUUGCCCUGCUACCAGAUCAGUUUGUGAGUGGCAAAUUUUUUGCUGAGAGGCGCGAGAUAAGUUUCUAAAGCAGUCAAAUUGAAGGCUAACGCAGGGCUUGAGUUCCAGGUUCAUCUUCCAUUUGACUGAGAUCAGAUUCGACAACAGGUAAUAGAAGGAAUACUACUGCAAAGAAAGCUGGUUGUAAUCUAAAUUCUGCGAUAAGAAGAGUGCCUAGUUUUAACAGUGAGCAACUGUCGCUGGCACGAGAAAUAGGGAAUAAUUCAUAGUGUCAUCCAUCCAUGGGGAGUAAGACUGAUUGCAGGAGUGAAAGAAAAUGUCUGAUCUCAUGAUAAUCCUGGUUCCUGAAAUCUGAGUUGUCCAAACUUUGUGCCAUCCAUCUCUGUUGCCUUGAGAUGAGGAUUUAGUGAGCAUCACCCAUGAAUUGAAGAGCUGCAUUUUGGUAUAUUUAUUCAAUUUUUAUUUUUUUUGCAUGCUUUUUAUUAGUUGGAACUUGAUUUGAUAUCUUUAGCAAACCAUCUGUGGUAGAUCUGUAUUCAAGGAUUUUGUAAUGAAUCCAUACCCAAGUUUGAUUAGUUAAAUUUCCAUUUCAUGUAUUAGAACUUGGAUUCAUGUAAUCAACCCCAAAAAUUU